GCUCCUCUCAAAACCAACAGAAAAGCCUGAACAUUGGAAACACACAAGAGAGGAGAUAAAAUCGGUUGAGGACAUUCAAAGUCACCAAUGGGAGCAUAGACUGCUCUUCAACCCCAAAUGCAGUCACACUGACCCCAAACGCUCAACUGAUAUCCCCGAGAUGCUUUGAAAAGAGGAAGAGGCAGACUGUGUGAAACACACCCAUAUCUGAGGUUUCCUGGAAGCAAAAAGAAUACUCAAUCUAAUGAUGGCUGAAGUAGCAACAGUACCGUACAUUAACUCUACUGGAAAACUGAACCAGUCCUUCCACUGCCUGUCCACUCAGGAUCUGGUGGCCAACAUACUGCCUCCUGUCCUGAUUAUAGAGCUCCUAGUGGGCCUGCCAGGCAACGGAGUGGCCCUGUGGAUCUUCACCUGUCGUCUGAAGACUUGGAGGGCCAACACCCUGUUCCUCUUUAACCUGGUCCUGGCUGACUUCCUGCUGCUCAUCUGCCUGCCUUUCCGCAUCGACAACCUGUUCCGUGGGGAACACUGGGUGUUUGGUCAAGCUUGGUGCCGGAUCAACCUCUUCAUGCUCGCUGUCAACCGCUCUGCCAGCAUCGCCUUCAUGACUACCGUGGCCUUCGACCGCUACUUCAAGGUGGUCCACCCGCACCACCGCAUCAACCACAUGACAUCUACCCAGGCAGGAUGGGUGGCGGGGGUCAUCUGGGCGGUGGUGAUCUCCCUGCGGCUUCCCCUGCUGGCCACCGACCUCCUCAAGCAGGAAGGCAGCAUGUGCCUGUGUCGCAGCUUCAGCUCCUACACUGUGAUUCCCCCGGCAAUCCAGUUACACUACAUGGUGUUCAUCUGGGAAUUCUUCCUGCCCCUGCUGCUCUUGCUCUUCUGCUCAGCCAGGAUUUUCUGCAUCCUGCGCCAACGGCAGCUGGACAAGGAGCAGAAGGUGCGGCGGGCCAUCCGGGUGGUGGGGCUGAUUGUUGCUGUGUUUGUGCUGUGUUUCUUUCCCGGCAUCGCCACAGGGAUGGUUUCGCUCUAUAUCAAGAAGUUCAGACCCAGGGACUGUGUGUCUUACAACAUGGCUGGGCAGCUCUUCAGUCUGUCUAUUGGCUUUACCUACCUUAACAGUACCCUGGACCCGGUCAUCUACUGUUUAUCCAGCUCCAUGUUCCGAAACUCCCUCAAGAGCUCCAUCAAUAAGCUGGGCCUGGUGGAGAUGAGGCUGAGCCGACGGGGAAGCAUGACCAGCGAUGGGUGAAGAGAGUGGAACCCACCUUCUAGAAGGCCCUAAUAAGGAGAACAGGAGCAGAUUUCAUGGCUGUGAAUCGAAUGGAGAAUAGACAUUGGAAUUUUACAGCUGUAAUUAACAAGCCAAAUGUUGUGUUCAGAAACAUUCCGUAGCUACAGUAUGUGGGAUGCAUACUUGAAAUGACUGAAUAUCAAUUAGUGUGAAACAAAGGUAGGAAAAAUAAUGCCUUCAUUCUACUGAAUGGUUAUUUUUAUAACCGAAUGAUGUUGUAGAGUGCCAUUAUGUUUUUGUCUUGAUAUUCUGAUGUCUGUCAAAUAUACCAUCAUUUCUUACCAGAAACAGUGUUUAGGGAUGGUUCGAAAUGUACAGAACGGGGACCUGGAGGAAAAUGUGGGAGAGACAUGCUUUUUCAAUUUCAGUCAGGGGGAGGAUUUAUUAUUUUCUAAAUCAAUUCCAGGGGAGGGUCAUGUAAUUUUUUAUUGAUGACAUUUCAGUAUUUAUCAGUGUUUUAGAAUUAGUUGCUUAAAAUGCCUUCAGUAGAAUUCACACCCCUUGACUUUUUACAAAUGUUGUUG